AUGAUGCUCAGACGAACCGGAACACCCCUGAUUCCAAUGGGAAGACAUCAAGGCAUACGGCUGAAAGCACAGCUGGGUAAAGAUCCCGAAUUUUGUGAUCCAUACGUGAAGACACAUGGCGCCAGUGAGUCGAAGAAAACAUAUUUCGAGGGAGAAAGUGAAAAUAUAGAAUAUUGCUCUGAAACAGCCAAAGAUGCUAAAGAUGCAUAUCUAGAGGGGUUAGUGAUGAAAUAUGGAGAAGACCCGACAAACCAUAGGCACGAUGCGCAGUAUCAUAUCUAUGGUAUAGGAGCAUCGGAUACCAAUUUUGUGGUUUCUGGGAUAACAUCUUCCGAAUCUACCCGGUCCACCCAAUCCAACAACAACACACAAGAAGGGUUUGCUAGGUUACGUGAAGAAGUUUCUAACAUGCGACAAUUGCAAGAACAAAUGGUACAACAAAUGGAAAGGAUGGUGAGGAUGAUGAAUGGUACAACAAAUCAAGCCAAUGAUCACCCUCAUACUCCACCCGAGGAUGGCGUAUAAGUUAUGCAUGUUGGUAUUUGGAAUGAAUGUUUGUUAAUUUUUAGUUGGUAUGAAUGUUGUGACAAUGGAACAAAUGAAUGUGUCCACUUAUUUUGCAAACUUGGUGUAUUUGGAACACUUUUUGUGUAUUUUGAAACCUUAAUUGUAG